GAGGAGUUUCAUGAGCCUCCACACCGUGGCAAUAGAGGAGGAAGGAGAAGGCGAGAUAAUGAAGUAGAUCGUGACUUGGGAAGCAUAAAACUGAAUAUUCCCACAUUCAAAGGAAGAAGUGAUCCGGAGGCAUAUUUGGAGCCUAUCUCUACUUGGGCUGAAAUGAAGUCCAUCAUGCGUAAAAGAUUCGUCCCUUCACAUUACUUUCGUGACUUGUAUCGAAAACUCCAAACUAUGUCACAAGGAACGAAAACGGUGGAUGAAUAUUUCAAAGAGAUGGAGAUCGCUAUGAUAAGAGCGAAUGUUGAUGAAGAUCGGGAGGCCACUAUGGCAAGAUUCUUGAGUGGGUUGAAUCGGGACAUUGCGAACAUUGUGGAGUUGCAGCACCACAUAGAACUCGAGGAUAAGGUGCAUACAACCAUGAAAGUGGAAAGACAACUAAGGACGAAGGUAUCUUUUCAACGAAGUUUUUCGUCGAACCUUUACCCAUCGAGCAAGGCAAAAGAAGGAAGUCCGAAGAUAAAUUUUGGGGCAGCUUCUAAAACCCAAAAUGAGACUUCUAAUACUAAGGGUCAUAUGGUUGAUAAAGGCAAGGCUGUCGCGUCAUCAUCUCGAAGCCCUGAUAUCAAAUGUUUCCGUUGUCAAGGCUUUGGCCAUAUUGCUUCUGAAUGCAUUAACAAGAGAUUCAUGAUCUUGAGGGAAAAUGGUGUACCGAGGAGACCACACCUGAAAAUGGAGGAAGCUGAACAACAAAGGGAGAACAUCUUUCAUAUGAGAUGUUUAGUUCUUGGAAAGGUUUGCAUGCUGAUUGUUGAUGGAGGGAGUUGUGCUAAUGUCGCUAGUUGUGAAAUGGUGGAGAAGCUGAAUUUACCAACCACAAAGCAUACCAAUCCAUACAAGCUGCAGUGGCUUAAUGAUUGUGGAGAAAUUCGAGUGACGAAACAAGUGUUGAUGUCAUUUUCAAUCGGCAACUACAAGGAUGAGGUCCUAUGUGAUGUAGUGCCAAUGCAUGCUAGCCAUAUCCUUUUGGGUAGACCAUGGAAAUUUGAAAGAAGAGUGACUUAUGAUGGUUUUCUUAACCGUUACAGUUUGAAGCAUGAAAAUCGGAGCAUUCAACUUGUUUCUUUGAAUCCACAACAA